UCCUGGCUCAGAAACACGAACGGAAGAAACUCCAGAACUUUUAAGGGAAGUUCGGUGAAGGACGAGGGAAGGGAGCCGUUUCGGAGGGGGGGGGGAGGGCAGACAACUCCGGGACAGCGCCCCCAUUGCAAGACCCCCCCCCCAUUAAGGCUGGCGCUUAAACGCUGAGGAUCGGUCGAAUUAGGUUCCCUUGUGGGUCCCGCCUCGAUUCAUUUCCUGCCGAAGGUUACCAGCCGGCCUCGUAACGUCGGAAGGCAGCAAAGAGGGGAGCAAAGAAGCGGGGAAGGCCCGGCAGAAACAGAGGAUCAGUCAAAUUAGGUUCCGUUUUGGGUCCCGCCUCGAUUCAUUUCCUGCCGAAGGUUACCAGCCGGCCUCGUAACGUCGGAAGGCAGCAAAGAGGGGAGAAAAGAAGCGGGGAAGGCCCGGCAGGAAGCUUCGGCGAGGGGAGCCGGCAGAUGACGACCGCGCCACUUUCCCUUUCCAGCGCUCAGCCCCUCCAGCGCCCUUUACAGACUUUCUCCUUCGCCGCCAAGCUGAUCGGGGCUGCCUUUCGGCAUCCGGGUCCAGAUGGGGCUCCCGGUGGCGGCCUUGGGGCUUCUGUCCGCGGCGGCCGUCGUGGUGUUGCGAGGAGGAUGCGGGGAAGGAUGCGCAGUAAAGGCAAAUGCGUCUCUGUGUUAUCACUACCUGGAAGUGUCAGAGCCCAGCCCGGAGCAGCCACAGUUCUCCAUUAGGAUCUACCUGGAUGACCAGCCCAUCGCUCACUUUGACAGCCUCACCAGGAAGAUGAAGCCCCGGGUGCCCUCGAUGAAGGAGGUGGAGAAGGAGAAGUUUCUGCCCCCUGAGUGGGUCUUUAGAGCUGACCUGCAGGAGUUAUCAGAAUUGGACCCCCUUGCUGGAGGAUUUCACACCUGGCAGGCGAUUUUGGGCUGUGAGCUCAGGGAAGAUGGGAGCAAAGGACGGUUUUUCCGCUAUGGCUAUGAUGGGAUGGACUUCAUCAGCUUAAAGAAUGAGACCUUCAGCUGGGUGGCAGCUCAGACCCAGGCCGGGAAGUUCAAGGUCGAGUGGGAGAAAGAUUCACAGUGGUUCCAUACAAAUAAAGACUUCCUGGAGAACACCUGCAUUAAGUGGCUGAAGAAAUACCUGUCCUGCAGGAAGGAGACUCCGAAGGACACAAAAAAUCCCAGGAACUCUGGUGUUGGUGUUUCUGCAGAGCCCCCGGUGGGGACGGUGACCCACAAGGUGGUGAAUGACAGCCUGGAGGUCCUCAUCUGCUAUGCCUCUGGCUUCUACUCCAAGGAGAUCCAGGCCAACUGGACGAGGGACGGAAAGGUCUGCCAGAAUGAGACCCUCCAUAGGAACGUGGUUCCCAACUCAGACGGGACCUAUUAUGUCUGGCUCAGCAUUGAGAUCGACCCCAAGGAGAGGGACCGUUUUCAGUGUCACCUAGACCACGAGGGCCUGCAGAAGCCUCUGGUCUUGCCCUUGAAGGAGGAAACAGGGUGGCGGAUUCCUGUGGGAAUUGUUAUAGGAGGCUUAAUCCUAGCUGUGAUUCUCUUCCUGAUAUACAAGUACCGGAGGGGUUGCAAUCGGAAAGCAAAGUCUUCACUUGAGGGUUCUCCAUCAGAAAUACUCUGUCUUCCCACUACUUCUAGCAGAAAAGAAAAUGAGAGACUAUUAAAUUCGUCGCUGCAAUCCGAAAUAACAUUAGACGACAGGACAUCCGAUGGAGGGUGGAGUUCCCAGAGAGCUGUGGAAGACUCUGGGUCAACCUUGCGCAGGCGAGAAGGGAAGCAGCAGCCGCUCCGAAGGUCAAUGUCCUGGGCUGGGGAGUUGGAGGCCCUGGACAAAUCAGGAGCAACAGAAUCAGAAGAGAGUUGGCUGUUGGGGCCCAAAGCAGAGAGAUCUUCCGAAAGUCACUCAACUCCAGCUCGCUGGUUCCUAAAGGAAGAGGGCUACUAACUUCAAGCAGCCUCAGGGGUCCUGGCUGCCACCACCAGGGAGGCUCUGCCAUCAGCACCGGGGCAUUUCCCCUCCACUUACAUCUCGGGAAGAGCAUCAUCAGAAGCAGCAGCAGGAGAACAAGGAUGGUCCCACCUGGAAGUAGCUGAUUUCUGGCUAAAGGAGGAGAAACACCUACCUGAUUAGACUGGAGGCUGCUGUCCAGGACUUCUUGUACAGAUGCUGAGUCCCCUGCUAAAGAGGCACUGAGCAGAGGAAGCAUCCCCCCACUUGCUGGGCCCUCCAUGCUGGGACAUCAUUUGGAGGACAUUCUGGCCAUUCAGGCCCAUAAUUUGUUCAGAUAAAUGAAUUAUUUUCGUUGAUAAAAAUUACUGAGUGACAACCAGAGGUGGGUUUCAGCAGGUUUCAGCAGGUUCUGACCAGUUCUGGAGAACCGGUAGUGAAAAUUUUGAGUAGUUUGGAGAACUAGGGUUGCCAGGUCUGCUUCCAAAAAAUAGUGGACAAGCGGAGUGGGGGGUGGGGGGUUAAGUAGUAAAAAAAUUAAAAAAAAUUUUUUACAGUUAAAUUAUAUAUUUUCUUAGAAACAUUUUAACACAUAUUAAAAUAAUCACUUCAAAACUUUACUUAAAAUUCAAAACAUCAAAUAUAUUAUAAUAAUAUGUAAAAUAUUAAAUUACGUUUUACUUUGC